AUGAAGCUCCGCAGCAAGGCGGCGGCGCUGCUCCUGCUCGCGCUGGCCGCGCUGCUGCUCGCGCUGCUGUCCCUGCGCGCCGGCCGCGCUGAGCCCCCCGCGCCGCCCGCGCGCCCCGCGUCCGCCCCGCAGCGCCACCCCGCGCCCGUCCCCGCUCGCCGGUCGGGUCCCGGCGCCCUCCCCGGGGCCAGCCCGGGCGCUCGGAGGCGCCGGCCCCCGCGUCUGCGCCCCCGAGCGGGCCGCCGGGGCGCGGCGAGACCCGAGAAGUCGGCGAGGAGGCCCGGAGAACCCAGGGGUUUCCAAGCUGUGCUGCCACCUGAGCUCUGGAUCCACCUGGCUGUGGUGGCCUGUGGCAAUCGGCUGGAGGAGACGCUGGUCAUGCUCAAAUCGGCUGUGCUCUUUAGCCACAGGAAGAUACGAUUUCACAUCUUCACUGAAGACGCUCUGAAGCCCGAGUUUGAUGAGCAGUUACGACAGUGGCCUGACUCAUAUACAAAGAAGUUUGAACACAGAAUCUACCCCAUCACAUUUUCUGUUGGAAACCCUCAGGAAUGGAAGAAAUUAUUCAAACCCUGUGCUGCCCAGAGACUCUUUCUUCCGGUGAUUUUAAAGGAUGUGGACUCACUUCUCUACGUGGACACCGACGUUCUCUUUCUGAGACCUGUCGAUGACAUCUGGAAGCUUCUGAGACAGUUUAAUUCCACCCAGCUCGCAGCCAUGGCUCCUGAGCACGAAAUCCCCAAGAUUGGCUGGUAUAGCCGCUUUGCCAGGCAUCCUUUCUAUGGCUCUGCGGGAGUCAAUUCAGGAGUCAUGUUAAUGAAUUUAACUCGUAUAAGAAGUGCCCAGUUCAAGAACAGCAUGAUUCCAACAGGCUUGGCUUGGGAGGACAUGCUGUACCCUCUGUACCAGAAGUACAAGAAUGCCAUCACAUGGGGAGACCAGGAUUUAUUAAAUAUUAUUUUUUCUUUCAAUCCAGAGUGUCUCUAUGUGUUCCCCUGCCAGUGGAACUACCGUCCCGACCACUGCAUGUACGGAAGCAACUGCAAAGAGGCUGAGCGUGAAGGUGUGUCUGUUCUGCAUGGCAACCGAGGCGUCUACCAUGAUGACAAGCAGCCGACUUUCAAAGCACUCUAUGAAGCAGUGCGGGACUUUCCCUUUCAAGACAAUCUCUUUCAAUCCAUGUAUUACCCUCUUCAGCUGAAGUUUCUGGAGACUGUGCACACUUUAUGUGGACGAAUCCCGCAAGUUUUUCUGAAGCAAAUUGAGAAGACAAUGAAAAGGGCUUAUGAGAAACAUGUCAUCAUCCGUGUUGGCCCCAACCAGAUGCACUGAAUAUUUGUCUUGUUGCAAAUCAAUUAGGUGUCUUAGGAUCAAGGAAAUAUUAAUCUUUAAGCUGCCUGGAUCUUUUUGUGUGAAUAUUUAAUGGUGCUCCAUGACUGUUGAGUUUAAAAUGCCUUGUUAAAUUUUGCUAAAUUAGUUGCCCCAUAAGGGAAUAUGCUUUAAUUUUUUCUAAAAUGCUAUUUAUCUGUUUAAAAUCAAACAAGCAAAAAAAAAAAAAAAAAAAGGGCGUUCCAGCUAUAGUUCCACCUACUAGGAAGGCUGAGGCAGAAGGGUUGCUUGAGGCCACAAGUUUAAGUCCAGCCUAGGCAUCAUAGCCAGACAGAGACCCUACUUCUAAAAAAUAAAAAUAAAAACCAUUAUUAUGCAUUUAACAUUGUUCAAGUAGGUCAAGUCAGCUGUGAAAAGGAACUUUUCUGAGCCUUCCAAUUCCUGUUAAGUGUCUGAGACCAUUUCAGUGGCAUCUGAGGUGUUAUAUUUAUCUAGCAUUCCUGAGGCACUUUCUAUGCAAUUGGCUCUCCCACACCCUUAUUAUAAAAAUGAUACAUACUUGUGAAACAAACUUGUAGAAAAUGUGGGCCUUCUUGACUGAUCAUGGCUGAGAGCAAAAUAAAAAAAAGAGAGGAAAUAUGGGCCAAUGGAACCAAAUCAAGAUUAGAUUAGUCAUAAUCCUACCAACCAGUGGAAAAAAAUGUUACCAUUUUAAUGUAGUUCCUUCCAGCCUUUUUUUUCCUACUUUUGUAUUUUCCAUUUAGAUAUGGCAAUCUAAAACAGGUAGUCUCAAUAAAAGCUAGCCCUUUUGUUGAGAUUUUUUUUUUUUUUAUGUAGGAGACUAAAAAGACAAGUUGAUUAUGUUUACAUCAUUUUAUUUAAAAUUCGUCUGAGAGAAGCAUUCAGAUUUCAGCUAAUUGGGCAGCGUUACAGGAUAAAGCAUGUAUCUGGGGGUGUUUCUCAAGAAAGAUUGUUUGGAUUUGUAGAGGACUAAAUCAUAAGAAAUUUCUAUGCAACAACAGUUUCUGAAAGGAAAUUCAGUAAUUGUGUUAAACCCAAGGGAUCUCUUUAGCGAGAGUUGUGAUUUUGUGUUUACCCACAAAGACAUUUGAUCUCUCAAUAGUCAAUAGGUGUGGUCUUCUCUCUUCUUUAAACUUUUGGGCAGUGGGUGGAAAUCAAAGGCCAACUUCAAAUUUAAUGUGCACAAUAUAAAUAUUAAUAGCUUAGCUGAUUCCAUUGGCAAGAAAAUUCAGCUUCCUGUCAGCUUAGAAAGGUCUCUUUAAAGUUUUCCCUAGGGUUACCCAGCUGUUAGCCAAGGAACCUUGCAGUUCUUAUCACCUAGCUACAGUGAGGAAGUUCUAUAUUCUAUUUCACGAAGGGAUCUGCCUUAAUCCCUAGUUGCUCAUAUAGUUGGUAUCAGCGUAGGGACGUUUUGCAUAAUGCUUUAUUUAUCUCAAGUGACUUCUGCAUAAAUGAUCUCCUUGAUGUUUGCAACAGCCUGGUGAAUUUAGUAAGGGGCUGUAUCACCUUUAAGGAGGUAAAUAAGGAAAUUAAUUGUAACACAAAAAAAUGAACAUACCCAAUAGAAUUGCUAUUCUAUAAGACACACAGUUCUGUGUAAGAUGCAUCCUCUUUUAAGAGAAAUUUUUGGAAAUAAAAAUAUUAAAUACCUUUUUUCAAAUAUACAAAGUGAUCUGAAAGUACAAAGUGAAAAAUAUUAUCUUGUUAAUGUAAAUGUGUUAUUAUAUAUUGGAAUCCAGUAGGAAAUCGAGUGCUAUAUCAGCAGAAAAAGUCUUACCUUGAAAAAGUCUAUGAAAAUCUCAGCCCUACACAGAAAUAUAUAGAUAUCCAUCAUUAGUGGUAUGCAGCGUCAUUAUGGUAGCAACAAAUUUAAAUCUAAAAUGUUAGGGUAAUAACCCAUACUUUCCUUCUGAUCAUUUGGGUGGCCUGUGGUUUGUUAUUUUUGUUAAGGAAACUACCCUUAUGAUGUGAAACUCUUAUUUUUGAUGUUAUAUUUUCUGUUUCCUCAUUUCACCACUAGAGGUGACAUCAUUCAUUAUUUUAUAUGUUUAGUACUAGGCCUUCCAUUCCUGGUAUGGGCACAUAGGAUAUGGAGCAAUUCCAAAUUUUCUUUUGGAAAAUGCAUCCUAAAUACCUACAAAUAAGAGUUUUAGUGAAAAAGUCAGGAUGUGAACAUAAUUUCCUAACUUCCAUUCUUUAAUGAGUCCCACAAAAUAUCUGCUGUAAAGAUUUCAAAUAUAACAAUGCCUCUUUUUUUCAUGAGAGCCAGGUUUACCUUCAGCUUUUACCUAUGGGUGCUGGCAUGAACAUCAAAAACAGGGUUUCCAGCAAAGGUCAAUGAUAGAACCCUAGAACAUUAUAGAAUGAUGAAUUAUGAGACAGUGAAAACCUUAGAAACUGGUGUGGUUUUCUCCCUUGGAAUUCUUGUGUUGUAUCCUGAAAUUUUAGUUGAGUUUGGUCUAGAAUUUAGAAAAAAUUUGCUUUUCCAAUCCCUAUGGCCUUAAAGUGCUAAUUAUUUUCUAUAGCUAGGCUAUUACCAUUGUGGCAGUAUGUUCUCUGCCUUUGAUAAUUUCCAGAAAACUACUACAUUUACAACUUUGAAAUCUGGAAGCCACAAAUUUUAAUUCAGUGGACUUCUAAAACAUGCCAUCUGUGGUCUGAACUUUGCCAAAGGUUGUGUUGCCACACAUGUGUGUGCCAUUUUGAAUUUAUAUUGGGAAGAUCAUGGGCUGGUUUUCUCCUCCUCUCCUGCUCUCUGUUCUCUCUUCCCUCCUCUCCUUCCUCCUUUACUCAUUUCUUUGAAAAUUCUGUUUAAUGCAUACAACUAUGGUGUUCCAUUGGAGAAUGAAAGAAUGCACUCUAAUAGCAAAACGUGACAGUAUUUUUGUGUGCAUUGAGAUUGAGGCUUUCCAUGGCAGGGUCACUAGAAAUGCCGACAGUAUUUUCCUUGCUGAGUUUUUCUCUAAUAUAAAUCUCAGAAAUCCUGACUUAUGUUGAAAAUUCCAAUAUUUAAAAGAUUAACUGGCUAAAAAAAUUGAUUUUUUUCUUCCACUUCCAAAUUGAUAAUUUAGCAUUUUAGAUAUAAUGCUCCAAGCAUUACUAUUUGUAUCAAAUCUCUAUUUCAUAGUCAGUGCUUCCAUUGCAAAUUGCUGUUAACUUUUACUGAAUUUAGUAUUGAAAUGCAUAUUGAUAUGGACUUGGAGGUUUGAGAGUAUUUCUUUUAUUGCAAUUAUGGUGUUCAUAAGCAAAAACAAGCAAAUCAAACCACACAAAACAUUAUCCACAGUGAGUGAACACAAAAUAAUGAUUUGAUAACAAAAUAAUCACUCCAACCUACCCUGAAAACAGGACAUUCAUACAAAUUUAGAUUUAUGUAUAAAUAUUACCAGGUAUCAAUUCCAUGUUUGAUAAACCAAAAUGAACAUCAUUUCAUGACUAAAUUCAGAAAUACGUUGAGUUCCAUGGGAGCACAAGUCAUUAUAUUCUCAUUUAAUAGAAUGGUAGGGAAUCUUAUGAUUUUCUGUUUCUCUCCUACCUUUCAUAUUCCUCUUUUUCAUUUUUGCCUUUCCCUUUCUGUCUAUCUUGUAACCUUCUGAAUAGUGCUAAGAAGCCUGGCGUCAGUGGCAGAAUGACAGAACUUAGGGAUCCCUGUGCAGGCAGAUCUAAGUUCUGAUCCUUACAUCAAAUCUUAUGUUAAGAGUUUUCCAGAACUAAAAAAAAAAAAAAAACAGAACACCUACACACAUACAUACACACCACACUAUGCCUUUAAAAGGAAGAGCCAACAUUUGUUGUACCUGUGAAUUGAAGAAUUACGGAUAGUCAAACCUUAGGUCAGAUCAUUUCCCAACUGCAUUGUUGUUAUUUAAAACUGAUGUGAUUUCUCUGAUAAAGAAACAGAGAGCUUUGUCCUAGUUUUUGUUCUUCACAGGUCAAAACUGGAAAUAUUCUCUUGAGUCUUCAAGAUAAAGUGCUUGUGUUUGUGUCACCAUAUGCAUAAACAUGUAAGAAUCAGGUGCAAUUUCUGCUUCAUCAAUUUUACAUGUUUGUGUUGUCACUGAAAAAGUGCGCCCAUUGUUUAUAGCUCCCAAGGAGACCCUGACUGCAUUUUUUAUGUUGGAAAACUUCUUUUUGUGUGUGUGUAAUUUUUCUUUGCUAAGAAAUAAGCAAAAGAAUAUUCCCAAAGAAAAGGAUUUAUUACAACAAAUUAAAAGGAACACAAUUAUUAUGAUUUAAUUACUGUCUUGUCUUUUUAAAUGCCAUCUCCUGUUUUACCUUUUUUUAAAUUAAAAGCUAAAAACAUGUC